UGUGGCUUGUCAUCGUUGUUUCAUUUACAUUACAACAAAAUUUCGUUUUUUUUUGCUUAAAAAAAAAAAUAAAGUUAUCUAUUACAGUUCCAACAAUCCAGAUAUAUUGCGUACGCUCUGGUAUUGAAUGAACUCUCUUGGACAAGGAAUUAUGUGCUCGCCAUAAAAUUGCUGGUAGUAAGUAAAAUCAGCUGUGCCAGCCAGUAGGAAAUUGGAACUGCACAGUAAAAAGCAACACAAGUGCAACGUCAUGUUUGGCUUCGAUGGAGAGUAUCGCCGUCGACCGGUUCAAAGUCUUGGAGGCGCCUCCCACACAUGCGACCGUGACACUGUGAUUCGCAAGGCGGCCCAGGAGCGUCAGAAGCGGAACGAGCUACGUCAGAAGGCCAAUGGAGCUGUGGUACUGCAGUCGUACGCGCGGUCCUUCAUAUAUCGUCAGCGUCGAAAACGUGCUGAACGUGAAGCCUUUGAUGCAUAUUUGCAUGCACAUCGGGACCGAAUGAUUGAAGAUGAUAGUUUGUCGUUUCUAAUGCGGCGUCUGAAUUUUUUCUACAGUUGCCGUGUGGCCAAGGACAGCGAACGACUGAUCGAUAUCUGCCAACAGAUUUUGCGUAGUCCUGCACGUCUUUUGCAACACGCGGCGCUGGAUCCCAUUUGGCUGCUGCGCGUCUGUAAGCUCCUGGAUGCUUGUCUGCUACAGUUAACGCUCUCGCACAGCGCUCAGGCCAUCCCUCUGCGAAUGCUGGAGACUUUUACCACCGUCUCCGCUGUAGAGCGCUAUGUGGAGGAUGAGACAAUGCUGUACAAGUAUUUGGAUCGUGUUUUUGGCUUUCUCAUUGCACGCAAUUAUUUUCUGCGCCUGCGUCAGCUUCUUGACGAAAAGUGCCCACCGCUGGACGGCGAGUCCUUGCAUGCACCCAGUCCUUUGGCUGAAGCACUGCUUCAGUUAUUGCUGCGCCCGCUUGUUAUCUCCCGACGUGGCAAUGGCGAUCAGUCUUCAAACUUCUGCCGAAGAUUCAUUGUCCAUAUAUUGGCCUCGCAGCAUACGGAGCCGGUGCGCUAUUUUGUGCUACCUUGCUUGGCCGAGUGUGCCGAGUUUCCAUUCGACUUGUUGAUGCAUGUAUUGAAUGGCUUACUAGAGCAUUGCUCGCCGGACGCUGGCGCCUCCACUAUGCCAAGUUCGGAUAACAAAGCAGGCGGACGUAAUAACUUGUUUUAUGGCGCCGACGUGGUGGGUAGGGCAAAGCAAAAACAACAGCUCGCAUUCCCAACGCGGAAGGAGGUGUUUAGCUCGUUUCUUUUGAGCUCGCUUUUGGUGCUUGAUCGCAGGCAAUUGGCUACGCUUCAGCAAAGUUCCUUGCUCAUCGCUUAUGUGCGCAUCAUUGCCGAAAUGAUGCCCAACAUUUUACAGCUGCCAAAAUCCACACUCCGUUCGUACACGACCACACACAGGCAGCAUGACUCAGAUGACUCCGAUGAGUCUGAUGAUGAGUUAGAGGGGCCGUCGUGUGCCCUGGACUACGAUAUGGAGCAGCAGUUUCGAGUGAGCGAACUGGACAGCAAGGAACGCGAUUGUCUGCUGGAAUCAAUAGCCAUACUAAACGAAACACAGCGCGUAGAUUUGAUUGUCCAACAGCUAGAGCCACACAUAGAGCAUAGUCAGCUGAUCUAUGCGCUCUGUGAGAUUUGUCACAAUCUAAUGAUCUACAACAAGCAUGCGGUUUACGAAUACAAACUGUUGUAUACAUUGGCCUUUACUCCGAAAUUUAUUCGCGCCGUUUGGUUCAAGUUGGCAGCCGAAUCUACACAGUUGGGAUUUUCAGCUCCUCUAAUACUCAUUUCGAAGGGUGUUGUCCCCAAACAGCAAGGCGUCGAUCGCACCAUUCCGCUGCUGGCCACAUUCUGCAUGCUCUUUGGACGUUUGCUGCCAACACUGCACGAUGUGGAGUUUGUGGAAAACAAAUUGCUUGUCACACCUGCCACAAUACAACAUGUGCGCCUCAUGCCCUUUUCCAUUGCUGAAAUUGUGCAAAUGUCCAAAACGCUCAAGGAGAUUAGCUUGGGUCUUGUAGAGCUGGCCUUUCCAGAGACGCGCACCAAUCUGCAGAAUUAUCGCAGUGUGCUCGGCCAUACAGAGGCAGAUGACAAGAAGUUCCGUCACCAAAAACAAAUCUGGGCCAACUUGCUCAAUGUUGUUGUGUUUGUGCUUAAUCAAAUACAUACACGCGACUUGCGCUUAGGUUUUUGUCCGGAAGGACAUUGGACAGUUAGUCGUUUGGAUUUGCCGCUGGACCGACCAACGGACUUGCCACUGACUCAUAGUAGUCGUUUGCGGGGUAUUCGGCCGUUUCAACCCAUACGUGACUUCACGCGAGAAGAUUUUGAGAAUGGACCCCCCAUGUCCACCAAACAAAUUCGCUCCAUUACCAUAUUGCGGGAGAUACCAUUUGUAGUGGCAUUCAACAAGCGUGUUAGCAUUCUUCAGGGCUUAGUGGCUGCCAACAAGAUGCGCGUGCAGGGCCAUUUGCAGGCAUUUUUACAGGGACCCUCGAUUAUGAUAACCGUAAGACGUUCGCAUCUGUACGAGGAUGCUUACGAUAAGUUGCGGCCGGAAAAUGAACCGGACCUGCGCUUAAAAUUUCGUAUACAGUUCGUGUCUCCGUUGGGGCUGGACGAGGCAGGCAUUGAUGGCGGUGGCGUGUUUCGGGAGUUUCUUUCCGAGCUCAUAAAAACAGCUUUUGAUCCAAAUCGGGGUUUCUUUAUGGUCACUACGGACAACAAGCUCUACCCCAACCCCAAUGUUGCUGACCUAUUUAGCGACUUCGAGAAACACUAUUAUUUCAUAGGCCGAAUUUUGGGCAAGGCCAUUUAUGAAAACUUGCUGGUUGAGUUACCCCUGGCAGAGUUUUUUCUAACUAAGCUGGCUGGCAAAUACUCCGAUGUGGACAUGCAUCAGCUAGCAUCUCUAGAUCCAGAGCUCUAUCGAAAUCUGCUCUAUCUCAAGGACUACACAGGCGAUGUGAGCGAAUUGAAUUUAGAUUUCACGGUGGCUAGCAGCUCGCUAGGCCAAACCCAAAUUGUAGAGUUGAAGGCACAGGGUCAGGUCACACCAGUGACUAAUUCGAAUCGAAUUGAGUAUCUCCAGCUCAUUGCGGAUUACAAACUGAAUGUGCAAAUCAGGCGACAUUGCAUCGCCUUUCGCAAGGGUCUGUCCAAUGUACUGCCAAUCGAAUGGCUGUACAUGUUCAGCAACAAGGAGCUACAAAUACUAAUAUCCGGUGCAGAAAUUCCCAUUGAUCUGGAGGAUUUGAAGAAGCAUUGCAAAUAUGGUGGCGAAUACUCGCCAGAGCAUCCAUCAAUUGUUGUAUUCUGGUCGGCCUUGGAGAGUUUUGAUGAUCUGCAACGUCGACAGCUGUUGAAGUUUGUCACCAGCUGUUCGCGUCCGCCGCUUUUGGGAUUUAAGGAUUUGGACCCGCCAUUUUUCAUUCAAAAUGCUGGCGACAUGGAGCGCUUACCAACAGCCAGUACAUGCACGAAUCUGUUGAAGCUUCCCCCUUUUAAGACAAUUGAACAAAUGCGCGAAAAGUUGCUCUAUGCCAUUCAGUCCGGUGUUGGCUUUGAACUGAGCUAAGCAGAGUGUAUUAAUACGCACUUACAUAACAUGAACACCGACACCCACCCUUAUACCCAAGGCAAAAUAGCAAUUAUUCCAUGUAGUUUUGUAUUGUAUGAUAUAAUUAACAUAAUUGUUUAAUGUAAAAAUACGAAGCUUAUGAGGUCUGUU